AUGUCCGCCACAGUAAACUGUGAUUUGUUCUCGAGCUACUUUGGAAACUGUCCCGUGGUAAAGGUGCCCGGACGGCUGUUUCCAAUUAAAGUGGAGUACUUUCCGGUGGAGAAGUUCGCCCUGCUGAAGACCACCUCAAAGAUAAGCCCAGAGCCGUACCUGAAGUUGCUGAAGCACAUCGACACCGGCUGUCCUGAAUCGGAACGGGGCGACGUUUUGAUUUUUCUCAGCGGCUUUCAGGAAAUUGAAAACGUCGGCGAGACGUUGAAAAGCUACGCUGAGCAAACUGGAAAGUGGAUUAUACUGUACUUGCACAGCAGACUGUCAGUUUCAGAGCAGGACAAGGUCUUCGACAUUGCGCCACCCGGCGUCCGGAAGUGCAUUCUCUCCACCAACAUCGCCGAAACCUCGCUCACCAUUGACGGCAUUCGCUUCGUGCUCGACUCGGGCAAGGUAAAGGAGCUCUACUACGACUCGAAGAUUCGCAUGCAAAAGCUGCAGGAGAUCUGGGUGAGCAAAGCCUCGGCGGAGCAGCGCAAGGGCCGAGCCGGCCGCACCGGCCCUGGCGUCUGCUACCGCCUCUACUCGCCCAAGGACUACGAGGCGAUGGCCGACUACUCGAUGCCGGAAAUUCGGCGCGUCUCCCUCGAGUCGCUCCUCCUGAACAUGGUCUCCAUGGGCCUGAAGGACGUGCGGACGUUUCCCUUUCUGGAGCCGCCCGAGGCGGCGAGCAUCGAGAGCACAGUGCGCACGCUGAUCGACUACGAGACGCUGGAGGAGGGCAGCGAGCAGAUCACCCUGCUCGGCCGCAUACUCUCCCGGCUGCCGGUGGACAUCGCCAUCGGCAAGAUGCUCAUCAUUGCCAUCGGCCACCAGCUGGUGCAGUUUUUCCUCUCUGCCGCCGCCUGCCUCAGCGUGCAGAACCUCUUCUCCAUUCGCUCGCUGAACGACCUGGAGGCGGUGGAGGAGCGCCGGCGGAUUAGCUCCACCGAGGGCGACCUCUUCUCCGCCCUCAACUUCUACAGUCGCUGGCUGAUGCUGCGCUCGCAGGCGCAGAACACCCGCUCCUGGUGUCGGCGGCUGGGCCUGGAGGAGCAGCGCUUCUACGAGGUGACGAAGCUGCGCAACCAGUUCCGGGAGAUUGUCACCGACAGUGGGCUGAUGGCCAAAAACAGCGGCGGCGCAAAUUCCGAGCAGAAGCUAAGCAGGAGUGAGCGCAUUCUCAAGCACGGCGAGCGGAAGCUGUACGCGCAGCUGAAGCGAGACUACGAACAGCACAAGCACAAACGGCGGAAGGUGCUCAAUGUUAAUGAGAAGCAGAAUGAAGACGACGAUGGUCAGCAGGAGAAACGACCAGGAGGAGGAGGUGACGCGGAGACGACGAUGAAGGACGUCGAGUUCAAGCUGAUCUUUGACGGCGCCCAGCUGGCGGAGAUUGAGCAGAGCCACCGGCUGAGCUACCGCGAGCUGCAGGUGGCCAAGCUGAUCGUCGCCCUCAGCUUCUACCCGCAGCUGGCCAUCGCCGACGCGGACAACUCCUACCGACCGGACGGCGAUCAGAUGUUCCACACGAAGGACCGGCCCUUUGUGGUGCUGCACCCCUCCAGUGUGUACGCCGGCCAGCCCGAGCUGCUUCGGCCCGCCAGUGGAUCGGAGGUGGAGUACUCGCCCCUGGGGGCACUUUCCACUCGGCACACGCUGGUCGGCUACAUCUCCUUCAUUGAGACGAGCAAGACGUACAUCUGCAACUGCUACCCCAUUUCGGCCAUUCACGCACUGCUGCUCUGUGCACAUGACAUUGACACCAAUGAGGAUAUGAGCAGAAUCGUCUGCGACAACUGGAUCGAACUGCAUUGCGCCAGCUGGGAGGAGAGUCAGGAGGUGCUCUUGAAGGCGCUUCAGCUGCGCCACGCGUGGUCUCGACUGCUGGAGAGCUUGUUCAGUGAUCUAGGCGAGAAUGCCAACGCUUCUGAUGAAUUGAAUGAACAAGAAUCAUUACCAUCAUCAUCGGAGGAGGAGGAGGCAAAAAAGAAAGAAAAGGCUAUAAACUGCGAAGAGGAGGCCAAUGCGCUGAAGCAGCAAAUGAGUCAAUACCUGGAUGUGCAGCCAAAGUACGCCAUGAGGCGACUUUUGCCCGCUGAUCUGAAGCACCUGCACAGUGGACAGCCGAUGGAGGAGAAAGGACUGGCGCCCUUUGAGCACUACCGUCCGCUGAAGUGGCUUCGAGGUGAAUCGGUGAGCAUCAAGCCGAACAGCACCAAGGGCGGCAUUCGCAUUGGAAAGCAACUCAACUUUAACUGCUUAAAAGUCAAUCAGACCGAUGAAAUGGUGCGAGCAUCGCGGAAGGCUUAUGAGUGCACCAUUUGCAAGGCGGAGAUGCACCUCAGCGUCAUCGAGUGGGCCCGGCACCAGGAGAUCUGCGCGAAGAAGGCGCAGCAGCACGAGGAGAAGUUACUGCUGGCAGCAUCGACGAGCAAAUCGUCGUCGGCGGAUAGGUCGAAAGAUCUGUACCACUGUCCAGAAUGCGAUCGCGAGUUUGCCUCCUUCACUUCGAUUGACAUUCUGCGACAUCGGCGGCAGCAUGCCUCUCAGAGGCACCAGCAGUAG